CUCUUGUGCACGUCGAACUGGCCGCAAGCCAGUCAGUCCAUCGUUACUUACGAUGACCGCCUGUUUUGCCUCUUCUAUUUUAUGAUAUUUUGUUCUUGCUUCUUUUUUUUGUAGCAACGUGCUACUUUAUCGCUUGGGGGGAGGUGGUGUUUCGCCGUGACUAUUAAUCGGUACUACAACAGUACGGAGUACCCGACUCAACAUCGCCACUUGUUUCCAGGGUCGUUCCGCGUCACCGACUUUCCGGUAUUAAUUACCCUGGGACACCGCGUCUCAGACCUGCACAUUACACAGUCGUCAACAUCGUCCUCCGCCAUGGCCGUGUUUGUGAAUCUGGAAUCGGAGGACAGCGGGGUUUCUCAGGACGGGAAGCCGCAGUGGCCAAGCGCCGUCGACGCUGUCAAGCAGUUCCCUGCAUCGACAGCCAGCUCGGGUCCUCCCGCCGGGAGUGCCACCAGCAGUGCCGACAAUGCUGUGGGAAAGCAACACGAGGAGGCUCAUGAGCCCGCGGCCGGGGAGGAUCCGAACCAGAACUCCAUGGCGCAGGCUUUGGGAUGCUACCCCAUCAUCAUGUCGGUGGCCGCUUCCAUCGACCUGAACACUCUCGAUAGCCUGUCGCGGACCUGUCGCCGGAUUCGCCGUGGCCUCCUGCCGUACCGCAAGAUGCUGCUGGCCUCGACCUUGCGUUGCGUCAACGAGAACCUCCCGGUCGACCCGGAGGACACUUUGCGCUACCGAGCCCGCGCCAGCAACUGGUGGUACAUGCAGGAUGCGGCGAGAUCGACCUACAACGGCAAGUCGGGCCAGUGUGCCCGCGACAUGGUGGCCGAGUGUCGUCGAUGCGGCACCGUCGUCUGUCGGAACUGUGCGAUCAAACCUCCAGCCCCAAUAGCUUUACGGGACCGCCACCGGCGUCUCUGCGAAGCGUGUGUGAAUGCACCCCUGGGUUCCCUUGCCAGACCGCGGCUCGGGCCGGAAAUCCGUAUCGACUCAGAUGAAAUGGAGCGCGCGAUCUGCAGGUGCGACUCUACGGGCGUCUGGCUUUGCCAGCCCUGUGGGCGGUCCAUCCAGGGCGACGAUUACGAGUAUAAGGGGAUCUGGAAAUGGCGCAACCAAUACACCGAGGUCCUAGGCGGCCUCGGCACGGGCAUAGGCGAGGGCGACCGCGGGGUCCCCUGCGGGCGCGAGACGGAGUGCUGCGCGGCCCGCGAGCGCGAGCAGGAGAUGGACGGCGACGCCGAGGACGCGCGCGAGGCGGAGUCGUACUACCAGCAGGUGGCCAUCGCCACCCCGAUCAGCGGCGCCAGCAGCGCCUCCGCCUCCUCUCUGGCGCCCUGGGCGACGGGGCUGAGCGGGUCCGCCAGCAGCACCGCCAGCCUCACCAGCUUGAUCAGCUCCUCGGCCGCGUCGCUCCUGGACCGGAGAACGCCCAGCCCGGCGAUCAAGCCCGGAUACGACAGGCACGAGGUGGAAGGCAUCGGCGGCGUCAUGAAGAACAUGCGGGUGCGGAUGGUCAAGGUGGGCGCCUGUGUGCCCGAGUGGGAAGACGAGUGUGCGAGGCGAGAGAUCCUGGGGAGAGAGGUGCAGGGGAAACGGAGGAGCUGGUGCGGGUGGUGCAGGAGGGUCAUUCCGUCUAGUAAGGAUUAUGAGAUGGAUAGGCAGGCCCACGCGAAAGGGGAAAAAGGAAAACAGAAGGAGGGGUCGGGAAGCUGAUUAACACGAUUCACUGAAAACGGGCUGGUUGGGAGUCGCAUAGUUUAGCGAAGUUACAAUGAGACAAUUGGUAUCGCCAAGGUAAUCGGAACAACGAGGGCAAUAGGACUCCGAGGCAGUGAGCAGAUCGGUGUCGGGGAAAAUAUACAUGGUACAUUUUGCAUUAUACAGUGGGAGACUGGAGAUGCCAGCCGUUGCUUCCCUUUUAUAGCUGUCUUACACAAACUCGUUCUCUAUGUCCGCCAUCGACCGCUGAAUGCUUGCCCACCGAAUGAAUCGUACACGGCUACACGGCAUCUCCCCCACCGGGAUCCCGCACAAGCCCUUGGGGGGUAGCAUCUGACCGCCAAUCCCAUCACAGCUAUCCCAGACAGCCUUCUCCCCUUAAUCCUUACCCCUAUAAGUCCAACCACCGCUCGGGAGAGGGUAGUAGGUAAAGAGGAGGAAAAAAGAGCUUCAGCGAGCAACAGCCAACAGAAAAAAGGAGAGAGCCGACACCCCCAUUCCCUGCUCCUCCUCCUCCCCUUUUCCUCCCCACCCUUUCCUCAAAGGCCCUCAUACAACCCUUCCCAGCACUUUCCUUUAGAGAGAGGGGGGACGGGGAGGGGAAGGGGAGGGG